UUUUCAUUUCUUUAUUGCACUCCGUCCUACGUGUCGAAAAGCCAAAAUCCCACAUCCUCUAUCUCCGGCGUAGCCAAUUUCACAGCUUACUCACUUCAACGUUCACCAAUGGCACUCGCUCCCUUCUCCACCAUUUUCUUCCCUUCACUUCCUUCUAUCUUCACCACUUCUAAAUCCCUCAAAACUCCCUCAUCUUCCUCCCUCAUACUCUCCCAAUUCUCAUUCGAAACCUCACACAAAAAACCUCCCACCCCUGACCCACCUGAAUCCGACGGAACUGGCGCCGCUGCCCCCACCCGAGGCGACCGGUUCCUCGAACGCCAUCAUUCCGUCGAAGCUGCCAAGUUUGUGCUCAAAGAAAACAACAAGGAUCGGAAAAGAAAGAAGGAUAAGGCCUUGAAGGUUUCUUUGGCGGUUGCUUCUUGUUAUGGCUGUGGUGCUCCGUUGCAGACUUUGGAAUUGGAUGCUCCGGGCUAUGUGGAACCGGAAACCUACGAAUUAAAAAAGAAGCAUCACCAGCUUAGAAGAGUUAUCUGCGGGAGAUGCCGACUUUUGUCUCAUGGUCACAUGAUAACUGCUGUGGGUGGAAAUGGAGGUUAUUCUGGGGGAAAACAAUUCAUCUCAGCUGAGGAGCUCCGAGAUAAGCUCUCUCACUUGCGUUAUGAGAAGGCUUUGAUUGUGAAAUUGGUUGAUAUAGUUGACUUCAAUGGCAGUUUUUUGGCACGUGUGCGAGAUCUUGCUGGUGCAAAUCCAAUAAUACUAGUGGUCACUAAGGUUGAUCUCCUUCCCAAGGGGACUGAUCUGAACUGUAUUGGUGAUUGGGUUGUGGAAGCCACUACAAGAAAGAAGCUUAGUGUUCUGAGUGUCCACCUGACGAGCUCGAAGUCUUUGGUUGGAGUAGCUGGAGUUGUAGCAGAUAUUCAAAAGGAGAAAAAGGGGCGGGAUGUGUACAUUCUGGGGUCAGCUAAUGUUGGAAAGUCUGCUUUCAUCAACGCUGUGCUGAAGAAGAUGGCUGAAAGGGAUCCAGUUGCUGCAGCAGCUCAAAAAUACAGACCCAUACAAUCUGCUGUUCCUGGAACUACUUUAGGUCCUAUACAAAUUGAUGCUUUCUUAGGAGGAGGGAAAUUAUAUGACACACCUGGAGUCCAUCUCCACCACAGGUUAGCUGCAGUUGUUCAUUCAGAAGAUCUUCCUGCCCUAGCUCCUCAAAGUCGGCUCAGGGGUCAACAUUUUCAAGUUCAACACCUGCCGAUGGACAAUGAAUUAUCCAGUGGGUUGAAUGGGUUUUCUAUAUUUUGGGGAGGUCUUGUGAGAGUAGAUCUAUUAAAGGUUCAACCAGAAACAUGUUUGACAUUCUAUGGUCCAAAAGGAUUGCAGAUCCGCGUGGUUCCUACUGAAAAAGCAGAUGAAUUUUAUGAGAAAGAACUUGGGAUUUCGCUAACACCUCCAUCCGGAAAACAAACAAGGAAUGAUUGGAGAGGACUCGAAACAGUGCGUCAGUUGAAGAUAAAUUUUGAGGACGAGCAAAGACCUGCUUGUGAUGUGGCUAUAUCAGGCUUGGGAUGGAUCACUGUUGAGCAAAAGAAGUCGCUCUCAAACAAUCAUUCUGAUUUAGAAUCAUCAGUCGACGAACUCGAAUUGGCCGUCCAUGUCCCUAAACCAGUGGAGAUUUUCGUUAGGCCUCCCAUGCCUGUUGGUAAAGCUGGAUCAGAAUGGUAUCAGUACCGCGAUUUAACAGAGGAGGAAGAGGAAGUAAGACCAAGAUGGUACUUUUAGGUACUCUUCUCUACCUCUCUUCAUCUUUAUACUUCACGAUUAAUCAUAUAACUGGGCAGCCGUUUUUGCUGCCCGGUGAAUGAACUGUAGUUCCAAAGAAAAAGGAUGAUAAAACGGUUAAUUUAGAAGCUUAUGAAUGUCAUUGAACUUUGAGGAAUCUGAAUUCUUUCAAAGUUCUAGUCAUGGAGAGGCAGAUGCCAAAAGAAAAUAAGUCCGUAGCAAUGAAAUUUGUAGUGUAGCAAAGCUUUUCAAAAUUGCAACAAUUUCUAGCAACAUAUAGACAAAUUGUUGCUAUUAUAUGUAAUAUGACGAGGCUUUUUUCUUUCCGCCGAUUAUAAACAAUUGUAGGUUUAUGUAAAAUUACUGGAGUUCUUUUUUUUCCAACAUA